CAAACGAUUGAGCGAGCGCGAGGCGAGAGUGCAGUCCCCACAAAAAAAAUAUACAAAAAAAAAACAACAUAUUCAUCACACAUCUGUACAAUCUGAACAGUGUGCGGGUUUUUUAAAGCGCGUUUUUGAGUGAAAUCCGAUGCCGCCUACAGCCUGAAAAGUGAUUGAAAUUUCAAAAGAAUCUCGCAGUCAAAAAUCAAGCGAGCCAGCGUGAGAGGGAGAGGGAGAGAGAGAGAGAGAAGGAGUGGGAAAAAAACCACAUACAUAAGCAUGGAAACUCCCGCACAUAUGUUCGCAACGCGCUGACAGUUUUCCCACGCACACGGAAAAACUAAAUAACCAAAACAUUUUUCCGACCGCCUGCUGCUGCAAGUUGGUCCAGCCCAAAAGUCCUGUCAGCCCUAUCGAAUCGAAAGGAAAAUUCUAAUAAUAUUGAAAUUGAAAUUGUGCAAAGUUCUUUGAGUACGGUUCGUUUUUCCGAGCAACCAACAAAAUGACUUCCCUGGUGUACGCCGUAUUUCAUAUUGCAACGCUGCAAUGCUCGGUACGGCCGGAGAUAUCGCCGUGCACCUGCGAAACGGGCAAGGCCUUCAAUCACGUGGAGCUCUCCUGCGAGAAGCUGGAGUCCUUCAAUGCGGUCGUCGAUAGCCUGGCCAAUAAGCUGAAUCCCGACGUGAGCAUCGAUCUGAAGAUAACCCAUUCGCAACUGGACGAUCUGGAGAUGAGAUCAUUUCGGGAUAUGAACUUUAAUCUGUAUAAGCUGCGCAUGCAAUGGAACGGACUCAGAUCGCUGCCAGAGCUGCCAUUUCGCGGGUUAUCGAAUGUCACCUACUUAAGCGUCGGCGACAACGAACUCGACGAGAUUCCGAAGCACGUCUUGAAUCACAUGCCGCUGCUCCAGACCGUGGACAUCGGCCGUUGUAACAUACGAGCCGUGCAGCAGGACGAUCUGAAGGGCAUCCAAAUGGUAACGAAUCUGAUCUUGCCCAGCAAUAAUAUAACCCGGCUGGAUCGUGGCGCCUUUCCGCUCAGCCUGCUCAUCUUGCAUUUGGGCCGGAAUCAAAUCGAAUCGCUGAACGGAUCGCUCCACGAACUGACCAAGCUGCAGUCGCUCUUCAUCAAUGCGAACAACAUCAGCGAUCUGGACGGAGAGCUGCCGGAUAACAGCAAGCUGCGUCUGCUGAUGGCGCACAACAAUCGGCUGGAACGGCUGCCCCUCAACAUGGCCAGCAUGAACGACCUGGAGACGAUACAUCUGCACUUCAAUCGGCUGAGAUCGUUCGAUCGCGUGCUGAGGAAUGCGCAGUAUCUGAACGAACUGUUUGCGUAUAAUAAUGAGCUGGAGUUUCUGGCGCAGGAUGACUUUCAGGCGUGUCGCCAGAUGGAGACCCUCAAUCUGGCCUGCAAUCAUAUACGCUCGCUGAACUCCUCGCUGCAUCCCAUGACCAAGCUGAAGAUUGGCAACUUUUCGUUCAACGACAUUGACGAGUUCUCCAUGGAGGAGCUGCACGGCCUGCGCUCCCUCAAGAUACUCGAUCUCUCCCACAAUCGCAUUAAACGCCUUCUGCCCGGCCACAAGCACAUGCCGGAGCUGCCGCUGAUCGAUCUGCGUCUCGAUCACAAUCAGAUUGUUACCCUCGACUCGGCGUUGGCCGGUUUGAGCAAUCUGCGCAUACUCAGCCUGCCGGAGAAUCGCAUCGAGUACAUUAUGCCGGGCGACCUGAACGGCAUGAAUCGCCUAGAGAUUCUCGACUUGACUAGCAAUCAACUGGUGGAACUGAAGCAGCUGGAAACGACUCUGCUGCCCAACUUGAAGAUCCUGAAGGUGGCCUACAACAAUAUCAGCAAGCUGGAGCACGACUUUUAUGGGCUGCCCGUGCUCUGCCAGGUCAACUUGACCAACAAUCAAAUCUCGACCAUCUCCAGCGAACUCGUCACCAACACGCGCUGCAAGAAUCACAAUGUGCCCGGCAAACUGGAGAUACAUCUCGAUGACAAUCCCAUCAUGUGUGAUGUGCGCCUGAACGAGCUGUGUCGUUUGAUGGCCGCGCAGGAUGCGCGCAUCCGCGGCCGCUCGCAGUGCUUCGAGAACGACCAGGAGGUGUGCACGGUGCUGCCAAUGCUGUACAAUUUCGAUCUGCCGCUGCUGGUGACCAACCUGAAGAUCGGCGAUGCCGAGGACGCCAAGCCGCUGGUCCAGAUGCUGGUGCCCUCGCCCAUCCUGAUCAAGAACAACGAUGAGCUGCUGCCGCCGUUAAUUGCGACGCUGGGCCAGCCGCUGAUCAAUCCGGUCAUAAUAGCUGCCCAGCCGCCGCCGCCGCUGCUGCUGGCCACCCCGACGCCGCCGGUGCCGGUGCCGGUGCUGCACUUGGAGCUGGACAACACCACGACAAGCACAUCAACAACAACGACGACGACAACGAAUCCGCCCGUAAUCAGUCCGGCGACAACGCCUGCGCCCAUAGGUCAGCCACUGGCAACGCCGGAAAUGGUGACCACCACAGCGCCGACCACGACCACGACGAGCACAACGACGCCGCAACCAAACGAUACGCUGCCCGUCGUCCUGGACAUAGAGGAGCCCAAUCUGAAGGCAUCCGUUAAGCCGGGACACAUGAAUGCCACAGGCGGCGAUUUGCCCGGCACACUGGACCAGUUGGAGGAGCAUAAGCAGAAGCAGAAGCAGAAGCAGUUGGAGCAGGCGCAGGAGCAGCUGCAGCCGCCGCUGAUGCCGGCUGUCGUUUCCGAGCAGCACGAGCAGCGCGUCGCCGAUACGGUGGCCAAAACAGAGUAUGAGACAGUCGAGUAUAUACCGAAUGUGCUGCUGGCGACGACGACGCCGCCGCCGACGAGCAAAUCGAAUCUGCUCGAGGAGCUCGCCGAUUCGCAGUCCAAUUCGGUGCACGAGGAGUAUCCGUCGGUUCUGCUCGGCGACUCGGAGCAUGCGGCACAGAAUCUCCAAAUACCCGAGGAGCCGCCGGAGGAGUGAGCGGAGCGGAGAGUGUGCCAAAAAAACAAAAACAAAAAAAAAAUGAAAAAAAAAACAGAAAAAAAGCACGCACAACAAUUAUUUAAAUGAAAUAGGCGCUGGCAGGCGUGGGCGUAGGGUGUGGGGGCGUGGCAUGCAUCGAGCAGCGUAACGAACAAUUUGGAUUGUAUGUUUUAAGUUAAUUUAGUUUCUAUGAUUUUCGAUUUAAGCGUUUCGAGCGUUUCCGUUUUCAAAAGUAGCAAAACAGAACGAAAAACGAAAACGAAAGAAAAAUCGGAAAAUUCGUUUGCAAUUUACGUGGACCCAAGGACAGAUCGACGAACGGCGACCGGGGACAGGCUUAAGUUUUAAGUUGAUUGCUGGGCGGGUGUGGGGGGAAUAGUGAGGGGGCGCGGGGGCAGCUUGUCUGGCCAGUAAGUGAAAGCGAAUAUAAAUAUUUAAUAACUGUAUACACCAUAUGUACGUUGAAAAGUUUACAAGUAGGUACUUAGAAUUAAACAAAAAAAGAAAAAGCGAAAACAACAAAAAAAAAUAUAUAUAAACAGAAAACAAACAUCGAGUUAAUGUUAAAGAACGAGCAAAACACAGACACACAUACACUCACACAAACGUAGCAACGCACAUACACACGAAAGAAAAAUAUAUAUUGUUAUCAGUUGGUUAACAAAUGAAUUUAGUUUGUAGCACGUAAUUAUAUAAACAAAAAAAUGAAAAUGGUAUUCUAAAUAAAGUCGUAAAUAAACAGAAUAA